AUGGUUUUUCAGAAUGGCAGUACUAUGAUCAUUGAGGUAAAUACCUUACCACUGAACAGCCUCAACAGCUUCAUUGGCUCACCAACGUCCUCCACCACUGACACACCCAAAAGAAAGGCUGAAGCAGAUACUAAAGGAGAUAAAGCCAAGAUGAAGGACGAGCCACAGAGAAAAUCUGCAAGGUUGUCUGCUAAACCUGCUCCUCCAAAGCCAGAACCCAAGCCUGAAAAGGCCCCUGCAAAGAAGAGAGAGAAGGUACCCAAGGGGAAGAAAGGGAAAGCAGAUGCUGGCAAGGAUGCCAAUAGCCCUGCAGAAAAUAAAGACACCAAAAUAGGCCAGGCACAAAAAGCUGAAGGUGCUGGAGAUGCCAAGUGAAAUGUGUGCAUUUUUGAUAACUGUGCA